AUGUUUGGUCUCCUGAUUUUGUUGUUUGUUAUUUUCAGUUUCACGGAAUUUUUGGAUCCAUUCCAGCGGGUUAUUCAGCCAGAAGAGAUCUGGCUGUAUAAAAAUCCUUUGGUGCAAUCAGACAACAUACCUACACGUCUUAUGUUUGCAAUUUCAUUCCUUACACCACUAGCAGUCAUUUUUGUGGUGAAAAUAAUCCGGCGAACAGACAAGACUGAAAUUAAAGAGGCUUUCUUAGCUGUUUCCUUGGCUCUAGCUCUGAAUGGCGUCUGCACAAAUACUAUUAAAUUAAUAGUGGGAAGACCGCGUCCCGAUUUCUUUUACCGCUGCUUUCCAGAUGGAGUAAUGAACUCUGAAAUGCACUGCACAGGUGAUCCAGAUCUGGUGUCUGAAGGCAGAAAAAGCUUUCCGAGUAUCCACUCUUCCUUUGCAUUUUCAGGCCUCGGCUUUACCACCUUCUACUUAGCUGGGAAGUUGCACUGCUUCACGGAAAUUGGCCGGGGGAAGAGCUGGCGGCUUUGUGCGGCUAUUCUCCCACUCUACUGUGCCAUGAUGAUUGCCCUGUCACGAAUGUGUGAUUACAAACAUCACUGGCAAG